CCUUACAGUCUCUUUGAUACGUUUCUGUAUUUGUUUCUAGAUUUUCGAGAAAUAUUUCAAUUGAUACCAUAUGAUGACAGAUAUGUUGCAGUAGGAAAUGAGCCAUUCCUUUCGAGCUACUCAGGUCAGUUUCAGUCCUAUGUAGUCCCUGCACUGCUCAAUCUGCAACAAUCCUUGGCAAAGGCAAAUCUUGCUGGCUAUGUAAAGCUGGUGGUUCCUUGCAAUGCUGAUGCUUAUGAGUCUGAUUUGCCUUCCCAAGGGGCAUUCCGGCCCGAACUUACCCAAAUUAUGACUCAAGUUGUUUCAUUCCUCAACUCAAAUGGAUCUCCUUUUGUAGUCAAUAUAUAUCCUUUUCUAAGUCUCUAUGGGAACUCCGAUUUCCCACAAGAGUAUGCGUUCUUUGAAGGUACUACACAUGCUGUUACGGAUGGACCCAAUGUCUAUUAUAAUGCAUUUGAUGGAAAUUUUGACACUUUAGUUGCGGCCCUCACCAAACUUGGAUAUGGUCAAAUGCCAAUAGUUAUUGGGGAGAUAGGUUGGCCAACAGAUGGAGCUUUGGGUGCAAACCUCACUGCAGCCAGGGUUUUCAACCAGGGGCUCAUAAAUCAUGUUCUAAGAAAAGAAGGGACACCGUUGAGGCCUGGUGUUCCUCCCAUGGAUAUUUAUUUAUUCAGUUUACUUGAUGAAGGCGCAAAGAGUACACUUCCAGGAAACUUCGAGAGGCACUGGGGGAUUUUCUCAUUUGACGGGCAGGCUAAGUAUCGACUGAACCUAGGUCUGGGAAACAAAGAAUUAAAGAAUGCGAAGAAUGUUCAGUAUCUUCCAUUCAGGUGGUGCGUAGCAAACCCAUUAACGGAUCUUUCUGAUGUCACAAAUCACAUGAGACUUGCCUGCAGUGUUGCAGAUUGCUCAACACUUAACUAUGGAGGAUCGUGCAAUGAAAUUGGUGAAAAGGGAAAUGUCUCAUACGCAUUCAACAGUUACUAUCAGCUGCAAAUGCAAAACGAACGAAGCUGUGAUUUCGAUGGACUUGGUAUGAUUACUUUCCUAGACCCUUCAAUAGGUGAUUGUAGGUUUCUUGUUGGUGUCAGUGAAACCAGCUCAGCUGGUUCUCAAAAAAACAGAAGGUGGUUGAUUAUCUUGGCUUUCAUUUUAUGGGGUCUAUGGACGGUUUUUAUGAUGUAAAAUAGUUUUCCAAGUGGGUUUUUCAGUGUCCCCUCUUAUAAAACUAGUUAAACCAAGGGUGAAAGAUUAGAAUACUACAGUUAUUUACAUGUGAUCAGCAUUAUUUCAGGAUUUUAUAGAAUGAGAAGAUAGUCGUUGUAUCAACUUGGUAGUAGAUGUACAAUGAAAAAUUACAUGGAAACUUA